AUGGCGGUGUUGUUUCUGAUCCCGUUCAGUGAACAUGCAUUGUUGCUGUUGUUGUCUCUGCUGCUGCUCGUUCCAUUGUCUUCUUCCUCCAGUUUUCGGCCACAAAAUCCAUUCUCGGCCAUACGGUUGUCUUCCGAAGCCAAUCCGUGCGCCCGUUCGAAGCUGCCUGAUUCGUGUCCCGUUAACUGCUUCAUGGCGGACCCUGUUUGCGGAGACGACGGAAUUACCUACUGGUGUGGGUGUGCCGAUGCUUAUUGCGCGGGGGCUAAAGUUGCGAAGAUAGGAUUUUGUGAGGUAGGUAGCAAUGGUGGAAGUGGUGGAAAGGUGUCAUUCCCCGGUCAAGCACUGCUUUUGGUGCAUAUAGUUUGGCUCAUUCUUCUGGGAUUCGCUGUUUUCUUAGGCCUCAUAUGA